UGAAAUCCUUGGUGAUUGCCUACCGAAGGAGAAGAAGUAUUUUGCUGCGUGUUACAUUUAUUGAAACUGACGACUUGUAGGCAUAUACAAUGUGGUUUGAAAUAAUUCCACCAUUUGCCGUCAUCGUUGGAGCAUUGAGUGUUCCGGGAUAUCUUAUGUACUACACUAACAAGCUUGUGUAUAAUGGAAAUCCAAACAUCAAAGCUCUGAAAUACCUAGAGCAGAGACAGGUGCUAAGGAGGGAUCAGCGGCUUUUUGGCGACUACUACAAAUGGAAGGGUCUGGAGAACAUUCCAGACAAAUAGCCGGGAGUCGUCGUGUUCUGGAGUCGUCGAGAGGGCGUGUAUUAACGAUCAGCGCUCUUGUGUAUGUAUGUAUUUAGGGAACGUUGACGGUAAUAAAUCCAUGUGAAGUACU